AUGAAUAAACAAAAGAAAAUUAAAAUCAUUUGCUUAUUGGAAGCACAAGGUUUUUUAAAUGAAGAAAAGUCUCCAAUAAACAGACGAUAUUGGGUGCAUCCGUUAAAUCGAGAACGUGAAGCACAAUUUCAAUAUUUUUAUUCAAACAUACGGCAAUAUCCUGAAAAGUUUUUCGAAUAUUUUCGUAUGACAAUAAAAACUUUUGACGAAUUAUUGGGCCGAAUACGUGAAAGUAUUACAAAGAAAAUAACUGUACUUAGAAUGCCUAUCAGUGUAGAAGAAAGGUUAUCAGUUACUUUGAGGUAA